AUGGCGAAUCUUACCAGCGCCGAGUAUGUUAGUGGCACAGACACCUUUCCUCGCUUGAAACGAGGCUCUUACGACGAUGUCGAAGGCGGAGUUAUCGUUGAUGCUGCUGGAGACGGGUAUACUAUUGGAGAAGAUAGAAAGACGAUUGGUCUGACCAGUGCAAUCUUUCUCCUCGUCAAUCGAAUGAUCAGUACUGGUAUUUUCACCACAUCAUCAGCGAUAUUCGUUCCUCACUUAGUGCAAGUGUAG